UCCAACUUAUACCCGGUGCAGAUGCGGGGGAGCUAUUGCGACUGCAUCCUUCAUAACGUUAAAUUAAUACCAAGUCGAAUACGUCGUGAAACAUAACUUGAAAGUAUAUUGUCAUCGUAUUAUUCUUCGUUCGCUGUUCAGCUCCUGCGUAACGAUGAGAUAGUUGUGGAAAAAUUUUGGUAUCGACCUUUAAACACAACUCACAAAGUAUUAAGAACUUAGAGCACAAGUUACAUUGUAGGUCAUUGAUAAUCGCGACCAUGGCACCAUUCGUAUCUGAUGUAAAGGUCAACGGCAACGGUAUUCCUAAUUUUGAAGACCUCCCACUGAGAAAGUCGGACCCUCACCAUUCUGCUUGGGGUUUAUAUGGCGAUCAUGACGAGCUAGGGUUCCUCAACCGGCUCACGGACGAACGAGUCGCGGCUGCGGCGAAGAGCGAGAUCAAGACAGGCCACAGAGUUUCGCUCAACUGGCCUCUCGACGCGCAGGAAAGACGGUCGUUCUUCCAGAGGGCAAGAUUUCACCAGGACAUCUUUCCAAAAGCACCGGCAACCGUAAACGAUGAUGUAUGGACGUUCAACUCUCAAGUAUCAACCCAAUGGGAUGGCUUGAGGCACUACGGUUAUCAGAAAGAAAAACUGUUCUACAAUGGUGUCACGAUGAAACAGAUUCAUGGCUUCGACGAGGGAGGAAAGAGUACCGUGAACGGCAUCCAAGCAUGGGCGGAAAAGGGCAUAGUUGGUAGAGGUGUGCUCAUCGAUCUUCAUAGCUGGAGAGAGUCACAUAUCGAUCUCAACGCUUAUGAUACGUUUCAGUCCACUCCUAUUCUCUUGUCUGAUAUACGGGAAUGUCUUCAAGUACAGGGGACUGAACUCAAAUUUGGCGAUAUCCUCUUCAUUCGUUCUGGUUUUAUGGCACAGCAUGAGCAGAAAAGCCAAGACGAAAUCUGGUCCCAUCAGGACCAAACGCCACACCGUUUCGUGGGAGUGGAACAGAGCGAAGACAUGCUGAGAUGGAUAUGGGAGAACUUUUCUGCGGUAGCCGGAGAUCAACCCGCAUUUGAAUGCUGGCCAACGCAAAAGGACUGGCUUCUUCACGAGGUGUUGCUCGCUGGCUGGGGAUGCCCGAUCGGCGAAUUGUUCGAUCUCGAGAAAAUCGCGGCGCACUGCCAGAAAGAAAAGCGGUGGAGCUUUUUCGUGUCGAGCGAGCCUUGUAAUGUGCCUGGUGGUGUUGCCAGUCCCCCUAACAUUCUGGCAAUCUUCUAAGCCUAAGGGAAUAAAGUACAAGAAUUAUGUGAGAGCUGAGCUAGUUCUAACAGUGGUGUACAUGUAAACGAGGCAGGCUGCAGACAAGCGGAUUUUCUGCAAACACUCUGGGGCUCGAGGCAAAGUGAGCUGUUAGUUGCGAGUAAUUCACCCGAAAAAUCGCUUCGUGUGAAGAGGAAGAGGAUACAGUGAAGGCUGACAGUUUUCGGCUCAUGACGGAUUCUGCGCUGCGUAAGCUGGAUAGGUCAGGCAGUGAGGAUGGGUAACGCAACCUAUGAAGUUGGCAUAAGAUAAUUGGUUUUUGUGAUUCAACUUUCCAAACCACGAAAGUUUCAAUGACAUAUACUUAAGAUUCAGAACGAAAAUUAAAUUAAAUGGAAUAUGACAUCUUGGGAUAUAA